AUGACAUCACUGUGUACUCUCAGUUUAACUGUUUUCUUCUGUUGUUUUUAUCAAAUUGAUACAUCGUGUGUAUAUGAUGAUUAUACAGAUAUUCUUGUGAAUGAUGUGACAAAACUCAAAUCUAUUGUGGAAUCAAAUCGGAUCUAUUUGGAUCUAUCAAAUAGAAAUUUGACGGAUAUAAAAGAUAUCAGUAGGAUGAUAAAGGAAUCCGGUGUUGGACACACGAUUAUCAAACUGGAUAUAAGCUAUAAUAACAUAGAGAAUCUACCGUCAGAUAUUUUUCAACAUCUACCUCAAGUGCGAAGUUUGAAUAUUUCAAACAAUAACUUAACUUCAUUACACCCUGACACUUUUAUACACAAUUAUUGUUUACGGACCUUAGAUAUAAGUUAUAAUAAUUUGGAAAAUUUGCCAUCUGGACUAUUGGGCUCUAAAGAUAUCAGCCUAUUAGGGUUAACGUUUUUUGACGUAUCUCAUAAUAAAAUCAAAACUAUGGGAUAUGAACUGUUUUACGAAGGUUUAAAUAGUUUAAGACAUGUGAAUAUCUCCUAUAAUAAAUUGGAAUAUUUUGAACCAUGGCCUUACAGUACAAAUCAAACAAUCUCUAAACCAAUCGAUGGAUAUGUGUUUAAUUUCUCUCAUAAUAAUAUUCGUGACUUUUCAAACAAAAUGAAAUACUAUGUCGGACAUGAACAGCCUUUCAGCGUUGACUUGAAUUUCAAUAAUUUGAGUCGACUUAGAAUGGAUAGUUUCAAAGUUCUAUUUAAACCUAGUAAUGACUUCACUGAAUAUAAUUUGGCUCAUUUAAAUAUUGAUAUACGAUACAAUCCAUGGAUAUGUGAUUGUGAAAUGUAUCCAUUUGUAAGGAGUUUCGUCGACAGUUUUUUACGUACACACCCACUACUGGCUGGAAUUAAUUGUGCAUCUCCUCCUUUACUUGCUGGUAAAUCAUUUACGUAUUUAGUUGAUAAUCCGCAAGUUUUAGUGUGUAACAUUACAUAUAAUUGUCCAGAUAGAUGUUUUUGUGAAGAUAGACCAGAUGAUAGGCUUAUUUUGAUAGAUUGUAGUCAUACAAAUCAAUUGACCAUGCCUUUAAAUCUACCCAGAGUAUCAAAAUGUUCACCAAAUUCAAGAGUAAAUCUUAUGAUGGACCUAUCACAUAAUAAAAUAAACAACAUUAUAUGGACUAACUAUACUCAGAAUAUCAUAUAUCUGAACAUAUCAAAUAAUGUCAUCGAUAAAAUUGAAUCAAAGUUCCUCAAACAUGCACACUCUAAUUUAAGUCUGGAUAUAGGAAAUAAUAUGUUCAAGUCUUUACCGAAUGCCAUACAAAAUAUCCACUACAAUAACCUUUAUUUUGAUAAUAAUCCAUUAGAGUGUAAUUGUGACUUUCUGUGGUUCAACGACUGGAUACGACUCCACGCUAAACAUAACAAUUAUACAUGUACUAUUAAAAAUGAUAAACAUUAUAUAAAAGAUGUAACAUACAAUAGUCUCCAUUGUUAUACAGAUUUAGCUAUAUUAUUGUGCUCAAUAUUAAUUCCAAUUUUUGCAAUAGUAGUAUUCGCGGUCCUCGUGUAUCAUAAGUGGAUAUACGAAACAAAAGUCAUCCUAUCUCACAUUCUUGAAAUCGCCAGUAAAAGUCAUACGAAUUUGGACAAGUCUGAAAAGGCCUUAUAUAAGUAUGAUGUGUACAUAUCUUCUAAUGUGGAAAGUACGGAUACAAGGUUAUGGAUAAGAGACAAUUUAUUGAAAAAAUUAGACAAAUAUGGACUAAAAGUGUAUUAUCCGCCUCGAAAUAAUCCCGCUAAUGACUGCAGAAUUGAUGUUAUGGUAGAAAAUAUAGCCACAAGUCGUAAAAUUCUGAUUAUUUUAGAUGAAAGUUAUUUACAUGGUGGAUGGUGUAUAGAAGAAUUUGAUCAAGCGCACCAAAAUAUGUGUGAAGAGAACAAGAGAAAAAUCAUUGUUUUCUUGUGUUCUAAUAAUAUUAAUUUGGACGAUAUUCAACAAGAAUCUCUAAAAACUUAUAUUAAACACGAACAAUUGAUAAAGCGUGACGACUUCCUAUGUUGGUCAAAGUUGAGAUAUGAGAUAUCCAAUAAAUGCGAUGAAGACAAGAAAGUAAAAGUUAUUCAUGCUUGA